GAUGUCUUCGUUGAAUUGCGUAGUAACGUAUUCUGUUCGCUCAUAUGUUUAUGCGAAUGUCAUUUAUCGGUAGUUUGGUGGUUCACUGUUUCCUGAUGAUGGGCCUCAGCUAUGCAUUUGGUCUUGAAUGUAAAUCGCAACCAAUGUACGAAAUUCGGAUUUUACACUGUACAUGUGACAGUCCAAAUAUUUCCUGGACGUUCAACUCUUCUCAGAUUAUCAAGAAACCUGGGAAGUUUUUGCAUUCAAAAAAUAUUCUUCAAAUAUUUGACUUCAGGUUGGAAGACAGUGGCGUAUAUAAAUGUUUCGAUCUCAGUAAUGUAUCCAAAGAAUGCAGUUCAGUGUGUCUGAAAGCGGAUGAUCCUGAUUUGUAUUAUAAAGCAAUUCACGAAGAUUCUAUCCCUGAUGUUGAGGCUGAAGAGCAAGAAAGACCCUACUGGCACCAAAAAAUGAAAGCGAUUCCAGAGUUUUAUGAAUUUGUUAUGAAGCCAUUAAAACUCGCUUGUUAUUUCUACGUAAGAAACAACUCUGUCAUUCCCCUGGUUCAGUGGAUCAUGCCAUCCGGCCAUGACAACUUAAUUGUAAUCCAUUCGAAGAAGCUUGCUGAGUUCAAUUGCAGUUCUAUCCCAGAAACUCAACGUAAUUUAAGUGGGAGCUGCUAUUCAACGGAAAUUACGAUUGUAUCAAUCAGUGGAAGUGAUUCUUUUGAUUGUAUUAUUCGAACAUCAAAUCAUUCGGACAUAGCUAUUAUCAACUCAUUUACAGUCCUUCAAAAAUUGACCGACAUACUUUUUCCUUAUUCAAGUGAUACAGAAUUUGAAGCACCAAGUUUUGAAUUAAUUGAUGAAUUACGUCUACCAAGUGAAGUUGGUUCUGGUGAUGUUCAUUCCGAUUUGUUCAGUGUAACAAACGAAAAGAAUUCCUUAGAUUUAUCAACGCUUAUUUUAACAAAUUACACUGAGUUUCGAUUCUACUUGUUAGAUAAUGUAACUUGUGUGUCCAAAGAGGUAAUUCUGGUAUGUCAUGUUCCACGGACAAUAAGUCAACUUGAAGUAUGGUAUUUAGGCCAAUACGACAAACACCCUAGGCUUCUGAAAGACUCAAAAGUAUCCGACUCUUUCACAAACAAUGAGAAGCGCUAUAUGCUGUUUGACAAUAGCAUUAUAUUAAAAUUAGAAAACUUGUCCCAUAGGGAUAGUGGAUUGUAUAUAUGCAAAAAUGAUUUCUUUUAUAAAAAUGUAACAAUUACAGUUAUGGAUUGUUCAAAAUCAAAUUUAAUCUCUAGGUUCCUCCCACCUAUUCUUAUUUGGAUAAUCAUAUUUAUAACAAUUUCAACUAUCCCUCUAUCAUUGAUAUAUUGUAUACAAAUUAGGCGUAAGUCAAUGCAAACUGUGCUAUCUAUACCUAUUGAUUUUUUGGAUAAAAAUGCAAAAUCGAAACGUGUUGAUGUUUUCCGUAAAAUGAAUUUACUGUACACAAAGCCAGAACAUAAAUUAUUAUUGCAUCACUCCGGCUCUUCUACAUCGUCGUCGCCACCAUCGUUGUCAUUAUCUUCCCCUUUAUCACCAUGUGCAAUAUAUUCUCGAUCUGGUUCUUCUAACAUCAGUAGUGUCGAUACAGAUACAAAACAUAAGAUAAUAGAUAUACUUACGUCAUUUUCACAAAGAUUACUAUGUCAACCAUCCAAAUAUUUUUCACAAAAAUAUAACGUUCUACAAUGUAACGUAAUGCUGUUACAAUGGUUAACUCAGUAUUUGAAUUCUAGUCCUAAAACAUAUAUACCGAAAUCAUCUUUUACUCUAGAAAAUCUCCUUGGUGAAGGUAAUUAUGGAAUUGUUUAUAAAGGAAAGUUAUCCAUUAAUGCUGACGACGAAAGCAAUUCUAAUGGUACUGAGAUUGCUAUCAAAACGUUGAAAGAUGGAUUUCGAAAUAGGCAAUUAAUUAAUUUAAUUCGAGAAGCGAAAGUUUUAAUUGAGCUAGAACCACAUCCAAAUAUCAUUAAAUUUCAUGGAUUAUGCAUAGAUAAUAAUCAUCUAUACAUUCUUCUCGAAUUAGCUAUUCAUGGUAAUUUACGAGAUUUUCUACGAAAUCGUCGACCACCUGGACUCAAUUAUUGGGCAGAUGAACGAACAAUCAAUUCAUCAUAUGUAAUUGUGAAAAAUUCAAAUGAUUUCAAAGAAUUUUUAUCUGAUAGUAGAAUUAGACAACAAAGAGUAGAAUUGUUAAAAUUUGCUUUAGAUAUUGCCAAUGCUUUAUUGUAUUUUGAAACAUUAUCUUUGUUUCAUCGAGAUGUUGCAGCAAGAAAUGUUGUUCUUACAGAAGGAUUUGUUGCGAAAUUAUGCGAUUUCGGUUAUGCAUGUACCCAAGAAGAAUCAAAUAAUGGAUACAUGGAAAUGGAUAAAGAUUACUUAGCAGUAAGAUGGAUGGCACCAGAGUGUUUGAUGACAACGAAAUGUUAUACUUCAAAAUGUGAUGUUUGGUCUUAUGGGAUUCUGUUGUGGGAAUUAUUCAGUUUGGGUAAUUCACCAUACCCUGGAUUAGAUAAUGGACAACUAAUCAACUGGUUAAAUAAUGGAAAUCGUAAUACUAGACCAUACCUAUCCACCAACUCAACCUACCAGUUGAUGCUAGAGUGCUGGUCACAAGAUCCCGAUAGUCGACCAAGAUUUUAUGACAUUUGUAACCGAAUUGCUGAAAUGAAAUCCAGUUAUGAUGACCCGAAGGAAAACAAUGAUUCAAUGAAGGGAUACGUUGAAUUAAUGUUGGAGCACGAAGAUUACUUGGAACCGCGACAGUAUUUACACUAG